AACAUUCAGAACACUGAAGGCUGCGUGAGGAGCGUCAGUAACGCAACGACGUGUCACACACAACCUGUCCUUUGUAGCAUCUUUCACCUCUUUUACCUCACCGAGGAGGAGACACCCGUCCUGAAGGAAACGCACUCUGAAGUGGCUUGAUGGUUAUCUUAUCUUAUUAGAGCGCGCGCCGGUGGACACAUGGACGUGGUGAAGUGCGCUCAGCUCGCGCUCUGAUGUGAUCUUCUCGUCUGCUGGUUCCGGUUGCAUUCUGCUCUGCCAACAGACACUUUUUUUUCCUUCAUCGCUCUUUCUCCAAUGCUUAACCUUGACAACAAUCGCAACUUGCUGAUGCGUGAUGGUGUUCCCCGUGUAGCCAACAUCCGGUUGGUGAUUUAACUUUACCCACGUGCACUGGCUUUAUUUGCAUCACUGCAAAUGUGUUUGUGUGGAAGAGGACCGAAACGACUGACAGCUGAGGCUCUGCCGGUUCCUCCUGCAUGAGAAGGCUCACGUUUGAUCGCUCGGGGUUUUUUAUUUUGGACGAAACGCAGAAGUGCUGUCGACACCUGAGUGUUUCUCGUACAGCAACCGUUCACAAAGACUUACAAGAGACUUGGAGUAACGUUCAGCGCUUUUGUGUUUUUGUGUGCGUGUGAGUUAACAGGAAAAGGCUGUCAGGUUGUGGAGAAAAACGCAGCAGUGAUUGUGGGAGAGCAUCCAAAGACGAUGGUCCACUGUGCAGGCUGCGAGAGGCCUAUACUGGACAGGUUCCUGCUCAAUGUGCUGGACAGAGCGUGGCACAUCAAGUGUGUGCAGUGCUGCGAGUGCAAAUGCAAUCUGACCGAGAAAUGCUUUUCUCGAGAAGGGAAACUCUAUUGCAAAAAUGACUUCUUUAGGCGCUUUGGGACGAAGUGCGCAGGUUGUGCUCAGGGCAUCUCGCCCAAUGACCUGGUGCGCAGAGCGCGCAGUAAAGUGUUCCACCUCAACUGCUUCACGUGCAUGAUGUGCAACAAACAGCUGUCCACGGGGGAGGAACUCUACAUCAUAGACGAGAACAAAUUCGUGUGCAAAGACGACUAUUUAAGUAACACCACCGUGAAAGACACCAACCUUCUCUCGGUAACAGCCUGCAGUGAUCCGAGUUUAUCGCCCGAUUCCCAAGACCCGCUUCAGGACGAUGUGAAGGACUCGGAAAUCGCCACCUUGUCGGACAAAGAGACGGUGAACAACGAGAACGACGACCAGAACCUGGGCGGGAAGCGGCGCGGCCCGCGCACCACCAUCAAAGCCAAGCAGCUCGAGACGCUGAAGGCGGCGUUCGCGGCCACGCCCAAGCCCACGCGCCACAUCCGGGAACAGCUCGCGCAGGAAACCGGCCUCAACAUGCGCGUCAUCCAGGUGUGGUUCCAAAACCGGCGCUCUAAGGAGCGGCGCAUGAAGCAGCUGAGCGCACUCGGCGCGCGGAGACACGCGUUUUUCCGGAGUCCACGGAGGAUGCGCACGCUGGUGGACCGCCUGGAGCCUGGAGAGCUCAUUCCCAACGGCCCUUUCUCCUACUACGGAGAUUAUCAGAGCGAUUACUAUGGACCUGGAGGGAACUAUGACUUCUUUCCUCAAGGGCCGCCGUCCUCACAGGCCCAGACCCCAGUGGACCUCCCCUUCGUCCCGUCAUCAGGACCCACUGGCACCCCUUUAGGGGGCAUGGACCAUCCCAUCCCUGGGCAUCAUCCAUCCAGUGAAGUACAGCGCUUUUCAGACAUCAUGUCUCACCACCCAGGAGAGUCGCCCAGCCCGGAACCCGGGAUCCCCGGACCUCUGCACAGUAUGUCGUCCGACGUGUUCGGCCCUAGUCCCUCAUUUACCUCACUCUCCCUCAACGGAAGCGGAUACAACAACCACCUCUCCCAUCCUCCUUCGGAAAUGAACGAGGGCACGGUCUGGUAGCUCCUGAAGGCGUUUCUCCAGAGAGAAAUUAGGGACAACAGAAAAGAGAGGAUGGCAACAGGGACACUGGUCACUUUUUUGCCAUUCAUAUUUAUUAUUUUUGACAUUUUUUCUUCAUUAUUUUGCUGAUAAGAGAGUAUAAACAGGUGCAGCAAACAAAGAGGCCAUAGACAUUUACUUUGAUAUUGUGUUGCAGUUCAGUUAUGUUGUUUUCUCCUCAUCAAAGACAGAACUCGAGCACAGAAAUGACUGAUGGCUACUGUUGACCUAAUCGCUGUAUGGACGGCGCUGUGAGGCUUAGCACAGCAACUGACCCCCCUUCCCUCCCGCCCCCUCCCCGAAGCCCUCCAUGCACCACUGGCUAAACCUUCACUCUCUAAACAAUGAUCGCAACAUAUUAACAGCAUUAGCUAUUGUCAAAGACUUAGCUUUACAGAGAAACACCCACGGCGGCUUACCUAACGCUUACCUGCGAUGUUGACUCCAGGAAAGACCUAAGCCGGCAGACUAAUUUAUUUAUUUGAAAGCUCCUCAGACCUCUUUGCCUUUCAAGGCUUUGCCAUAUUGACACUUAAACAACCUUUUUGACACUAAAUAUGUUUCUGGAGGCAGGGAGGAAAAAAGGCUUUUUUUUCUCUGUGUGGACAUAUCCCUUUGUUUUUCCUAGAGUUCCACCAAAUCUGAAGUUGGCCUUCAAAAGGCAAACAGUAAAUGUUGUAUGGAUUGUGAACCCUUUAUUUAAUGGAAGAGAACUUGAAAUGUUGUUAAAUGAAGUCUACCUUCUAAAAUUAUUUUAACGAGGGUCUGAAAGGGACUUAGAACAGUCAACUGUUUACGUAAUAUAUUUAAUUCAGGAGUUAAAAGUAUCAACCAUGUUUUAGAACCUCUUGAUCCAGAUAAAGAAGUUCCAAGCAACCAACCAAACUUUUGUAUUGACUUUAUUUAUAUUGUAUGAAGAAAAAUGAGUUUGCUGGGGUUGUGGUUCACUGUGCUAGUUUGUACAAGAUGUUGUUUACAAAAAAAUUUAAAAAGGAAAAAAAAACCACACAAGUAAGUAGACAGUUGCCAAAUAAAACCAUAGCACAAAUACUGUAAAAGUGCUUUGCACCAUUAUCUGCAGAACGUGUUGAAACAAAGUGUAAGUGUUAAAAAACAAGAAGAAGUAUUUACUUCUUAAUUUUUUAGUCUGCUGAAAAAAAAACAUUCAAAAAUUGUUAAUAUAACAUACUUAGACCUACAAGUUUUAUUUUUGUGUCUUUAAAGGAAAAUCCAAACUAUUAAAAUCGAUGGUCAAAUGUGCAGCGAGCAGCUGCAAAUUUCUUUAAAUAUCAAAUUCUCAUGGUAUGUCUUUUAUUGUUCUAAUAAACCUAAGCUUAUGUGACCUCCAGUGCAUAUUAGACCAUUCACUGUAUAAAUACAACAUGUUGAACAAAUUUGUGAGUUUUUAAUAAAAUUAGAAAAUAUGAAAUUGGGAUGCUUGGUUUAGUAAGUAAUCUAUUUUUCAUGUACCAUUCUCUGAGAAAAUUAACAUUACAUAUCAGGUACACCUAAAUAGGAGUUUCCCAUUUUUAUCCGCUGACAGCGACACUGGGAGAGUACAUUCAUAUUUAUCAUCACCUUGCAUCUGGUCCAUUAUAUCUCAAAUUCCAGAACUUCCCUUUUUGCGAUUCUGAUAAAGCUUCAGUAAAAUCCGCUAAGAUUUGUGAGCAUUAACAUUUCUACUUUUAAUCAGAUGUCAGAUUUGUUAGAACAUCUGUGACUUCUGUGGUUCGUUGAUGGGAUGAAGUGAUGAAGCACUUUAUUACUGUUUCUCAUAUGAACAUCCUUGAGUGAUUUCCCUGAAAUGUGAUAUUAGAAGAAAGUAAAAUUCAUAUAACAGGUCAGCGUUAGGUUACAGAGCAUUUUACAUUGUGGAUUUACAAUAUACAGUACUGCAAGUAUAGAAAAUGAGACUUUAGCAUUCGUGCUACUUUACUUUUAUUAGCAGAUGAUGUAAACCCUCUCUGAUUGUUCCCUUGUAAUGAUCAAUCUGCAUUCACAAUUCAUUACUGAAAUCUUCAGUGAGACCACUAAAUCUAAAACACACACACAAGCGCAAAAAUGCAUCUCAUAUUUUGAUAGUUCCUGUGAUGGCUGAAAACAGAAAGUGCAGACUUUAGUAACAGUUAAUAUCGCACAUAAAUGAUACAGCACAGGAUAAUUUUUUUGCCACGUCUCAGAGCCAGGAUGAAAAAUAUUAAAAAGCCUCAUCAGACAUGCAGAACAGCUCUCUUGUGUCUGAACAAACAGAAACAAAGAUAUUUCAAUUCACAGAGUAGCAAACCUAUUCCUAGACUCCCAACAAUUCACAUCUCGAUUCAUAGACUGGAGGAAAUAAAACAGUAAAAUCAGAUGCAUCGAAUGAAAUCCCUCUAGGAUGCAUCAGAGAAAAAAAAAUCCUUCAUAGGUGCAGAGGCAAGGAAAGUCGGGCAUCAAAUUGAGCCUGGUGUCUUGGGAGGCGGCAGGGCUUUAUCUGUGUGGUUUUAGUUUUGAAGGAGCCCAGCAGUGCCCCCACUGCACCCAGCACAUAAUCCACUAUGAAUUAAUCAUGGUCCUGGGAGUUAAACAGGCCUGCCAGGGCCCUCCUGAGCCUGGGGCUUAGCCACGCCGCUGACUCCGCGCUCUGUCACCCAGGAGGCCACAGCUCUUUAAAUUCAAAUCUCAGAUUGAUUGGACAUUGGCUAUUGGUUCUGCCUGACCUUGUAGACACGUUAAAUAUAAAUGCACCUUAAGAGUAUUGAAUGUUUUUAAAUGACAUUUUAAAAUCUUGAUUGUGGGAUCACAAUACAGCACACCUCCUCCGGGUGUCAGCUUUGUAUUUGUGUGUGCAGGAGGCGAAUGUGAAUAAGGAUGCACAUGUAUAUAUAUAUAUAUAUUGUAUAUUCAAAGUGACCAGAGUUUGUUUCUAGUAAUUCUGAUUUAUAAGCUAUUUAACAUCCAAUACAAUGCACCAAUACAACUCUGGAUCAUCUGAAUGAAUAUGAUUUGCAUACUGGCAUUAUCAUUAUCCAGCUUGGGUUCUGAUGAACAUUAAUGUAAAUGCUGAUGCAGUAUGCUGUAUAUUAUACAGCUACAUCUGCCUGGACCUUAAGUACCAUCGAGUGCGAUAUACUAACACAGGAAGCAUAUUGUGUAUUACGAAAGGCAAUAUGAGUAACUUGUGUCAUGUAUGCUGUAGCUCUUGGUUUCUUGGUUUUAAGUUACAACAUUAAAAGAAUUAUGCCAUGAAUUUUGCAGUCUAGCCUGUAACAUUGCAUAAAUUUGGACACUUUUUCACUUAGUACUGCUGCAUGUUUGAUUUGAAAUGAAACAACUCUAAGGUUAAAUUGCAUUAUAUAAUAUUUAAUUUGGGAUUGGUACAUAGGAACUGAAUUCAUUUUGUACACAAUAACUAUCUGAGAUACUGGGUAUCUUCUCUGAUCAUGAUCUGCCCGGGCUACAAUGCAGACAUUUUCACUUAUUGCUUGUGCUAAUGUCUUUUUGCCUUCAAUCUUCAGUAAAUGAAAUGUAACGCAGCAGAGUUCAAAUUGGGCAACUGACUCAUCCUGUCAAGAACAUUUUCACUUUUUGACCCUGAAAAACUCCAUAGUCAUUAGAGUAGUAUGUCUUGGGUGACUGUCCUUCUGAAAGGAGAAGUUCUGAGACUUUUGGUUGGAUCCGAGCAGUUAAGAUGCUUCUCAACACUUCAGAAUUCAUCCGUCUGUUGCUGGCAGUCACAUCAAUAAAGACGAGUGAGUCGGUCUGACUGGCAGCCAUAAAAACCCAUGCCACUAUGUUUCACACAUGAGCUGACAUGCUUUGGAUCUUGAGCAGGUCCUUUCUUCUCCAUGCUUUCCCCAUUUCACCACCAUGGUAUGGUUUACUCUCUUCUGUCCUUGUCUUUUAUGCACCUUUUUGGAAAUUAUAAGAUGGCUUAUUUUUGUCUUUGAGGCUUACAACUGGGUCGUA